GUGCGCUCGUGAAAGCACGAGAAAUUGAAUAGACAGCACGAAGACGCGGUCAGAUUGUAGACGCCAUAUUGAGGACACCGCAGUAGACACAGCAUCGAACAGUGCGACAAUGGAGGAAGCCCCUUUAACCAGCCCAUCUCUCUCAUCGCGCAGAAGCCUGAUUUACGAGAGUGGAGAGCGGACGUCCAGAGGGAGUCAGCACAGCCUUCGCAAGCACCGCGCCCAGGUAACCGAGAAGCAGCCAGAUGAAGCUCGAUGCGACCAAAGCUCAGCUCGCAACACUGACGGCGUGGCUACCGCUAAGAGCAGCGGGAGUUUACAGCUGCUCGACUUCGACAACGGGACCUUCGAGAGAUCACGUGAGGGCUUGCCCCUGAGCCGUGCGGUUUACCGAACAGGCAGGGAGAGGACGCCGCCGAUUUCCCAGGACAGCCUUCAAGGCGCCGGCCAUGGUCGUGGGAGGAGCCUCCACGACGUUCGUGACACUGUUCGCCCGUUUGUGCGCUCCGCCGGUGCUAUUCACGUCAGCAAGGUGUCCUCCGGGACCCAGUGCGGCUCCGCCAAAGAAAUCCACGGCGAGACCGAGCAGCUGUCCCUGCAGCGGCAGCCAGAUAGCACCGACGGCAUCAGACGUGGCCUUCGAUCCAUUUGGCAAGACUGGUUCCAGACGCCCUAUCUGUGGUACAUGAUGAUGGCUAUUAUGGCAGUGCUGCUCGUCAUCGCCGUCGGCGCGGUCUUCCUGGACCUGCAGUGGGCCGCCCAACUUGUGGGCCACGAGCAGCUCACUCUGGCCGACUGGCAGGAGCCGCACCACAUGGAUGAGCGGGACGGCCCGGUGAGGAUUCAAAAAAGUCCCAAUGCCGCGCAUCACAUUUUAAACUCACUUUAA